AUGACUAUGGUAGACAGAAAAGUCUGCAAUGCAGCCACAGGCAAAAAGUCUACAAGUAGGUGCUACAUCUGUGGAGCAACCUCGAAAGAUUUUAUUAAAUUGGACUAUACGAGAGAUGUGAAUUUUGCCGCCCUUGAAUUCGGCAUAUCGGUCUUACACGCAAGAAUUCGGAUAUUUGAAUGUAUCCUACAUUUAGCCUACAAACUUCAGGUGAAAAAAUACAGGGGAAGAAAAUCGAAAGAGGAAAAAGACCUAGAAGAUAAAACCAAAAAAGAGAUACAAACAAGGUUUCGCACUGAGACUGGUCUAAUAAUAGAUAUGCCUAAAUCCAAUUUUGGGAAUACUAAUGAUGGAAAUACCAGCAGAAGGUUCUUUGAGAACCCCAAAUUAGCCGCUGAAAUAACUGGUAUCAAUUAUGAACUAAUUUAUAGACUAAAAGUCAUAUUGGAAGCGAUUUCAAGCGGGUUCAAAAUUGAUCCCGUGAAAUAUGAAAGGUAUGCUUUAGAAACUGCUCGUAUUUACGUGAACCUAUAUGAUUGGCAUCCUAUGACGCCAACAAUGCAUAAGAUUUUAGUCCAUGGCGCAGUCAUAAUUGAAAAGGCAUUAUUACCAAUCGGACAGCUUUCCGAGGAAGCAGCUGAGGCUCGCAACAAACAUUUUAGAUGUUACCGCCAAGAUUUUGCGAGGAAAUUUUCCAGAAAAGAUUGUAAUCAGGUUAUUUUUAAUCGCCUUCUGCUCAGUUCAGAUCCUUUGCUCAGUAGCAUACGAACUGUAAAGAAAAGGAAAGCAGAAACAUUUUUGCCUGAAACUUUAGCCAUGUUUGUAUCUGCGGAAUCUAACAUAUUAUCUGAAAAUUCAUCAGAGAGCGACGAAGAAACUUAG